GCAGCAUGUGUUUGUCCCUCAGUUAUACAAAGUCAGGCCUGACUGCAAGCAUGUACUCUGGGCUGCUCCUGCUGUCCAUGUGGGCCCUUGCUGGAACUGCGUCCCUGUGGGAUUCAGAGUCAUGUCCAGAAAGACUUGUGGGAGCGGAGGGGAGGAGGACGUGUCCUCGGUCCUGCAAAUCUGACAGGGACUGCGGCGGCAAACGCCAGUGUCUGUGUGACAGUGAGUGCGGCCUCAGCUGUGUGGUUCCAGGUCGUACUUGUCCCUGGCCUCUGCCCCUCAAUGAAAACUCAAGGGCGAGCCUCCUCUCUCCCACUCCCUCCUUCUCUUCACUGCUAGAAGUGCUGUGCAAGCCAGGCUUCACGUUGGCCGACGGCUCGGAUGCCACUGUUCGCCGUUGUCAGGGAGACCGACAGUGGAGUGGGGACAAGCCCAUCUGCACAGAGGCAAAAUCACCUGAGCUUCCUGGUGUGCGGACUUGCCCUCUGCCUCAGCAGGUGAUCAACACCUUCAGCAUCCAUGGAGAUGCCUCAGUGGGGACUUCAAUCCGCUACAGCUGCCUGUCGGGGGCAGACAUAGUUGGGAGACAGGAAAACUAUUGCCAGUUUAAUCAGACCUGGCUGUAUCCGCACCCCAACUGUAAAGAAAUGUUAUGUCAGCCUCCUGAGGAGGUGGAGCAGGGUUACGUGGUGGCUGUUCAGAAGACAGAAUAUGAGGUUGGUUUCGACAUCCAUUACCUAUGCAAGAAGAACUUCCUUCUGGAUGGACCCCAGAAGAUCACCUGUCUGUCAAAUGGCAGCUGGAGUGCAGCCCCGCCUCAUUGUAGAGCUCGCUGCAUCAUCCCUGCCGAGCGAAGCCGUGUGGUGAUCGGAGGAGUAAAGCGCUGGCCAUUUGAUGUUACAGACGGCUUGGUCCCCCAUGGGGAAAAUGUGACAUUCUUCUGCAAACAUCCGCAGAAGCAGUGCAGCUUCACCGCAGCCCAGACGUGCUUUGAUGGAAAGCUGGAAACGCCACUCUGCUACCUUGAGCCCACAUGGUUACAAUAUAAACUCUUCCCUCAUCGCCUGGUCUCAGAAAUUGAAGUGUGUGAACCAGGCGAUGUGGAGUGAAGUUCGCUCCACUUUUUCUUUCGUUUUUAUUUUUUUUGGAACACAUAAACUUUCCAUCACACCACAGGACCUUUCUGCAGCUUCACCAUGACGAUGGAGACCUUGUGGUGAUCACUGUUGUACUUUGGACUUUUUUUUAAAGCCCUUUAAAAGCAUCACUUUAACCCUCCUCCAGCUUCGGUACAUGCAGAACCUUUUCUCUUGUUCCUAAUAACUCUGAUCCUUUGACUUUGUGAUAUUUCACUGUUAUCGUUUAAAGAGCAAAUCUCCAGGCGUGUAAAUUUAAUAUCUCCAAUAAUAAAAAAAUGAUGUGGAAAAGAAAAAA